GGAGUUGUUUACAGAAAGCUACACGAUACAGUCACGUGUUCACGGUUCCUAUGGAUAAAACGUUUUCUAUGUAUAGUGGUGUUUUUAGUGUACAAACGAGGAAGCAAUAGGAGGAAGUGCUAAGGGAAAUAUACAGCCAAGGAGCCUUCAGCUUCUCAUUUUUGACGUAAUGAAGGCAGCCGUGUUUCUCCUGCUGAGCCUCGGAGGAGCUCUAGGCCUCAAAAUAUGCUCCUUCAACAUCAGGUCCUUCGGAGAAAACAAAGUCUCUAAACCUGAAAUACUAAAAGUGAUCCUGGAGAGCAUCACCCGCUGUGACCUCAUGCUCGUCAUGGAAAUCAAAGACGCUAAGGGGAAGGCAUUUCCUCGUUUGAUAAGUCAACUCAACAGGAAAUACACUGGACCGAAGCCUGAAUACGGCUACGUCAUCAGUCACAGGCUGGGACGAAAAACGUACAAGGAGCAAUAUGCCUUUGUUUACAGGAAGAAGUUGGUGUCGGUCAAGUCAGUUUAUCAAUAUCCUGACACCCAGCCUGAAGACGUGGACGCCUUCGCCAGAGAACCGUACGUUGUGUGGUUUUCAUCUCCAACUACAGAAAUCAAAGAUUUUGUCAUCAUACCCAUUCAUACACCUCCCGAAUCAGCAGUUAAAGAAAUAGACGAGCUGUACGAUGUCUACCAAAAUGUCUCUCAGCACUGGAAAGCACAGAAUUUCAUCAUCAUGGGGGAUUUCAACGCUGCCUGUGGCUACGUCCCCAAGAAGGAAUGGCGUAACAUUCGCCUGCGCUCAGACACCAGCUUCGUGUGGCUAACAGGGGAUAAACUGGACACAUCGGUGAAAGAGUCCACAAAAUGUGCAUACGACAGAGUUGUUCUUCACGGAAGUACGAUGAUCCAGGCUGUCAAACCCGAGUCAGUGGAAGUGUACGACUUCAAAACAAAGUUUGGUCUCACUGAAGAGGAGGCCCUGGCUGUGAGCGACCAUUUUCCUCUGUGCAUUUCUGUCAACGCAGCUAAAAGAAAAACCUGAACUCCGUUUGUGGAUAUAUGAUGCGUCACAUGUUGAGCUUAAUUUUUAGGUUGAUUAUUAAAGUGAAACAAUUCCGACUAGUUUGCUAUUCCCCCC